GACAAAAAAAAAAGACAAAAAAAGACAAAAAAGACAAAAAUGACGCAAAUGACAAAAAUUACCAAAUUGACCAAAGUGACCAAAAUGACAAAAAUGACAAAAAUGGCAAUAAUGACAAUAAUGACAAUGAUGACAAUAAUGACAAAAAUGACUAAAAAGACAAACAAGAUAAAAUUGACAUGUUUCUAAAAUUUACAAAAUUGGUUAAAAGGUAAAAAGCCUUAACACUCUAAAAAGUUCGAAAAGACCUUCAUCCGUCCCAAAAAAAUGUAUCCCUUACAGUCCCUGGAGUGUCAAUUUGUCACUCCUGACUUAAACCAACACAUAUCUCUUGUUUCCAACCGAUUUUUACAAAACUUAUAGUUUUGGAAAACUUGUGAUGUAACUCAAAUAUGUUUCUCAGAAAUUAUUCACAUACAACACCUCAGUUUUUCGUUAUUCAAUGUCAAAAAAAAAUGCGAAGAAACAUGUUUCGGAAAACAAAAAAGACUGUAGAUCAGUUACGAAAUUCUCAAAAUAAAUUUCCUUUAGUGUCCAAGAAAGCUGAAGUUAAAAGCUAUACAUUGCACAUCAGGAUAUAUUUUUUUGAAAUCUUUAAGGAUUAUGACCACAAAAAAUAUAAAAUUGUGGUGUAAAAACCGUACAUUUCAAUCAAUGAAUCGUCAAAAUCGUUUAAGUCACACCAGAUAAAUUUGGAAAAGAGUAUUGAAAAAAUUGACGAAAUCGACACAUUUUUGCAUUUUAAGAUUUUCGAAAUACGAAACACAGAAUUUUUGACGAAUUUUCCAAGGCUGUUUUUCGAACCUUUUGACAAUUUGCUAUUUCUCAGAAAUUUCUAUGACUUAAAUUCAACUUUGCACUGGAUUUUGAGUAAAAUUACGUAAAAUUUACGACGCGAAAAUUCGUCAAAAAUUCUAGCAAUCUACAAUCUAAAAAUGUAAAAAUCUGUCAAAUUACGUCAAUUUUCAAUCCCCUUUUCAUUAUUUAUCUGGUGUGACUUAAGCAAUUUUGAUAGUUCGUUGAUUGAAAAGAACGGUUUUUUACACAAUUUUUAACAUUUUUUUGUGGCCAUGAUCUUAAAAAAUUAAAAAAAUAUAUAUCCUUAUGUGCAACGUAUAAGUUUUAGGUUCUAAUUUAACUUCAGUUUUCUUGACACUAAUUGAAAUUUCUUUUAGCAUUUCGUAGCUGAUCUUCAGUCUUUUUUCCUAAACUUUGAAUAACGGAAAACUGAAGUGUUGUAGGUGAAUAAUGCCUGAGGAACAUAUUUGAGUUACAUUACGAGGUUUCCUUAACUAUAAUGUUUGUAAAAAUCGGUUGGGCAAGAUGAGACGGUUUUAAGCGAGGAGUUUCAAAUUGACACUCUAGGUUUAUUAGGGAGUUUUUUUUCCUGAAUUUUGGAUGGAAGAAUGAUUUUUUUUUGUGAAGAAUCGUAAUGGAAAAGGAAGCUGUAUUAAAAAAUAAGUUUUAUUUUCAUAUAGGUAUGAUGCCAUAGGAAAUUCUUUGAUCAGUUGGGGGGUAAAUGUCCUAAUUUGUGUUUAGUGUUAGAAAAUUUAAAAUUUCAAAUUUGAAUUGAAACUCCACCACAACAGAUCCAGACAAUACGCUUUUACUAAAGCAAUUCAGAAUCAACCAUUUUGAUCCCUGAUGAAGGUGUUAACCAACACCGAAACGUUGGAUCAAAAAUAAAUGUUUUUGGAUUCAAUAAAAUUGGACUGAUUUGCCGUUAAUUUAAAGUAUUGGACUUUAUCCCAGUUUUGUCUUUACCAGGCUAUAAAGGAUGGGCUCUAUAAAUAGGCAAAAAAAAGAUAUUAAUAACACCGUUUUAUUUUUAAAACGGAAAUCAUGCUAUCGUCUAACCCUCAUCAUAAAUCGAAUAAUCCCUGAAAUAAUUGCUUCGCUCCCUUCCAAUGUAAUUUAUUUUUAAAUUGUACCACGAUUCGCGCCUCGCUAUCUUUAGUACCCCCUUAUUUUAAAAAUAUUUUUGCUUAUAUUGUACAUACAUGUUUUUUGUUACUUUUGGCUUUUAGAAAUUUUUAAAUCCAACAUUUUGAUUUAAAUGAACUGAAUCAUUUUUUUUGUUCUUAAAUGAAUACGCUCGAAGUACGAGCAUUUGUGCGGGCCGGCAAAUGUUUGCAAUAUCGUUUUGAUUCCGGAUUAACCGCGGGACACGUGCCGACAGAAAUCCGUCCCCGUUUUAGCUGCCUGUCUAUCUAUCUGUAGCCUACAUUGCUCCAUUGAUACCUACAUCCACAGCAGCUGAUGAAAUAUUUUCAUUCAUUCUCGUUGCAGGAGAUCGAACCAGAUAACGGGGCGUGACAAAAUCAUCAGACACAGGCCCACACAACUCUUGGGUAUUCCGCGGACCUACGAUGAACCUACGCGCCUAUGCUAAUCGAAUCAAUGCGCGUGUGUUUGCGCUAUGCUGGUGGAAUCUGUAGGCAGCUCGGGCAUCCUCUCGGAUCGAUUCAGCCAACAUGCACUGCUCCUCAGAAAGGGUGUUCUCUCGCGUACAGCAGUGUUUUAUCUAAAAGUGCGCUUGACAUCCAGUAGUUUGUUGUGGUAAUGUAGCGAACGGGUGGCUGCAGAAUCAGCAUAUUUGCAUCCCGAAGCAUCAAGUGGCAAUCUGUGCAGUUCUCUGCUUUUCUGUGUGCAAAAAGUGAAAAAAAUACCUUCGUUAUUAUACAUACAGAAGAGGGAAAAAAAAUUCGCGAGCCAAUCUCGCGAACGAAAGGUGCAGAACCAGUUUUUCUCCUUUGCUGCGACAUUAUCGAAUUCCUACUUGUUCAGUGAUCGUACGUGCACAUACGCAACAACAACAACAACAACAUAUACCAACAACAUCUUCCAUCCAAGGAGGCUAUCUCUUAUAGAUUCAUUUAUUUUAUCUUACAAAACAAGCGCCGUUCCGCAACUGUGAGCAUUCAUGUUUUAUCGUUCAGAAAGUUCCAUGUGAUGUGGUGUGUGUCCGUUCAUGUAAGCGAGUGAUAAAAAGUGCACGAUCUUCGACUAGGAUUCAAAAGCCAUCGAAUCGCUCGGUGUGUGCGAAAUCCGUAACAGAAGAAAGCUCUCUCGUAAAGGUCCUCAAAACGCUGCGAAUGCGCGAAGAAAAUCAGCGAUAAAUGACUGAUCGAAAAUUGCCAAUUAGUCUGUCGGACCACAGCGAGUUCGGAAUCAACAGCCACGGAGGUGCUGCGGGAAGUGUGGCGGCCACCAUUCUCGGUGGCGGAAGCACCGUUGGGCUGGGUCUGGGUGUUGGUGGACUUCCGGGGGUGAUACCUUCCGCGGUGGGUCCCGUUGGAGCCCCGAGCAUCAUCGGAGUGGUACCCGGUCUCGGAAUCUCGGGCUCCGGUGGCUCAAUUUCGGUUGCAUCGGUAACCGGCGUUGGAGGCAGCAGCGGCAAUGUCAACAACAAGCAUGCCGUUGCACGUCUGAAGCACACCAACUCGCUCACUGCCGGCAUUCCGCCGGAGCUAUACGACAAGGGCAACCGUCUGUCGCAUUCCAGCGACACCAGCCAGGCCGACACGAUGACAUCGGUCACCAGUUCGUCGCUAGACUCCGACGAGGUCGACCUGUCCGGGUUGAUCGAGUCGGUUGUCGAUUCGGACGAGGAAGACAUCGCCGAAAGCAUUGAUAGCCUGAGUGUCCGAGACACCGUACGAGAGUGUUUGGAAAAGGACCCGAGCGAUCGUACGGUCGAUGAUAUCGAGACAUUGUUGGAUUUCACGCAAAAGCUGAAGGCUUUCACGAAUAUGACGUUUGCGGUGCGCAGAGCGCUGUGUUCGGUGAUGGUCUUUGCGGUUGUGGAAAAGGCCGGCACUAUCGUCAUGAACGAUGGCGAAGAGCUAGAUUCAUGGAGCGUGCUGAUUAAUGGGCAUGUGGAAAUCGAGCAUGGCAACGGGGAGAUGGAGUACCUUCACAUUGGAGACAGUUUUGGAAUUUUGCCAACCAUGGACAAAUUGUAUCAUCGAGGAAUCAUGAGAACUAAAUGUGACGAUUGUCAGUUUGUAUGCAUAACUCAGACAGAUUACUAUCGGAUACAGCACCAAGGGGAGGAUAACAUAAGAAAGAUAGAGGAAGAUGGCCACUUAGUUAUGGUUACAGAGCUAAGAAACAGUACUAGUGAAAAUGGUACCCGAAAAGGCCAUGUUGUCAUUCGCGCCUCAGUGGACCGAUUGAUGCAACAACUGAUCGAAGAUACAACUCAAACGGAUGCCAACUAUGUGGAAGACUUUUUGUUGACCUUUCGUACAUUCAUCACUGAUCCGAUUGAGGUGUCCAAACAAUUGAUAAAAUGGUUUAACGUAGAUGGAACGGAAGAAGGAAAUGAGCUUAUUGACGCCAUGCACCAAGCUUCGGCAAAUGAUAUUUGUGAUCGUGUUACUAGGGUAGUUUUAUUAUGGGUGAACAACCAUUUUACGGAUUUUGACACUGACCCCCAAAUGAUGGAGUUUUUGGAACUCUUUGAAUCUUCUUUGGAAAAGAAAAACAUGUUGGAGCAGUUGAGACUAUUGCAUGUGUAUGCCCAACACAAUGCACGGGAAAGAAAUGUUACUUUAGCAAGGAGUUCCCGAGAUGAAGAUCUGAAUUUUCAAAUAUCCGGUGGGCCAGGAGGCAUUUUCAUCACCAAAGUUGAGCCAAAGACGAAAGCCUACGAUGUCGGUUUAAAACGUGGAGAUCAGAUAUUGGAAGUUAAUGGACAAAAUUUCGAGCACAUUACCUGUGCACGUGCAAUGGAAUUGCUUAUGGGAACUACACAUCUCAGUAUCACGGUAAAAAGUAAUCUUUGGGCUUUCAAAGGGAUGCUUUCUAAUGCGGACGGUGAUGGCAAACUGAAAAUUGAUCUGAAAAAAGGACUUCGUGCUGAUUUGCUGCAAUCUCAAAAGUCGCUGGACCUUGUUGAUAAAGCAGGUCUGUUGCCUACACCUCAGUUCCUUAUGCCCCUACCCGUGCGUGACGAUUAUGGUCGCAAAGAUUCUGGUGCUUCGACCCCAUCAUCAUCACAUAUGAAUAAUAACAAAGGCAGUUUUAUGACUCUAGGUGGUAAAAAACGACUACAAAAGGCUCUCAUAAAAAUGAAUCUUUUACCGAAGAACAGUGUCUUCCAGGACGACAGCAUAAACAACAAUAGCAACAACAGUAGCAGUAACUACGAUAGCAGCGACCGGUCGUCCGGAAUAAGCGUGAACCUUUCCUCCCAGGCAUCCUCCAUAUCAACUUCCUCGAUAACGACAGCCGAUUCCGACGAAACGCCUCCGACCUCAACCUACCAGAGCAAUCCGGAUCUGAGAGAGCACCAUCCUCACACUCCUGCCAAAACCCUUUCAACAGAAGCAAUCAUUCCGAAAAGUGGCAUGCUGUACUACGAAGAACUGCGUGCCAGUGAUUUCCCAGAACACAUUCUCAAGGUUUACAAGUCCGAUCAAACCUGCAAGUAUUUGCUGGUGCAUAAGGAGACCACGGCGCAUGAAGUCGUCAUGUUGGCUCUGCAAGAAUUUGGAAUACAUGAUCCAAGCUCUAACUUCUCACUCUGUGAAGUCAGUGUCGGCGAAGGUGGAAUGAUAAAACAAAGGCGACUGCCGGAUCAGUUGCAAAAUCUGGCUGAAAGAAUUGGGCUGAGCUCUCGGUAUUACCUGAAAACCAAUGGAAUUACGGAAACGCUGGUACCUGAUGAUGUUGCGCCGGAACUGAUACGCGAAAGCGCAGUUCAUUUCCUACAGCUGAAUGCUAACGAGUUGGCGAUUCAGCUAACGCUGCAAGACUUUUCUAUAUUCAGACAAAUCGAGUCUACCGAGUAUAUCGACGAUUUGUUUAAUUUGAAGAGCCGAUAUGGCAAACCAAUGUUGUUGAAAUUUGCUGAACUAGUCAAUAGGGAAAUGUUCUGGGUAGUGACGGAGGUGUGCAGCGAGCACAAUAUGAUGCGACGGUGUAAGAUAAUAAAGCAGUUUAUAAAAAUUGCUCGACACUGCAAAGAGUGUAAGAAUUUCAAUAGUUUGUUUGCUAUAAUCAGUGGUUUGGGUCAUGCGGCCGUGUCGAGGCUAAGGCAAACUUGGGAAAAACUGCCUUCCAAGUAUCAAAAAUUGUUUAAUGACCUGCAAGAACUGAUGGAUCCUUCCAGAAAUAUGUCGAAAUAUCGUCAACUAAUUCAGGCUGAACUGAACGCCCAACAUCCUCUCAUUCCAUUUUAUCCAGUGGUUAAAAAGGACCUCACUUUUAUACAUUUAGGAAAUGAUUCCAAAAUAGAUAAUUUAAUAAACUUUGAAAAGCUUCGUAUGAUUUCUAAAGAAGUACGAACUUUGUUGCAGAUGUGCAACUCUCCGUACGAUAUACUGACGAUGUUAGAACUGAAAUGUCAACCACCAAGCUCAGCAAUGGUUGCCCUGAACCAGAUGGCCGUUCCAUCGAGUGGAAAUUUAAUGAUGCCACCUCCACAGGCAAUCCAUAGCCAAACGGUGAAAAGAAGGAAGAAGUCGACGGCAGCUCCCAAUCAAAAAAAGAUGUUCGAGGAAGCUCAAAUGGUUCGACGAGUGAAAGCGUAUCUGAAUAACAUGAAUGUGACAACAGAUGAAGACGAACUGCACAAGCUUUCUCUAGAAUGUGAACAGCAAGGUGGAAGCACACCGAAUAAUGUGCAGGUGAGAAAACGCUAUCCAUCACCCACUUUGUCCACCACAUCGAGUACCAGUUCCACUAGCGAGGGCAGGAAAGGUGCCCUCGGUCUCGGCAUGAGCAGUCUUUCCAUCGGAAGCUCGGGUAGUGGUAAUAGCGGUGCUCCAAAAUUUGGAGCAGCGUCGCCACAAGCUGUAAAAAAGUUGCUUUCUCUAUCCGAGCAAACCAAAACUCGUCCUCAUCAACCACGGCAUCCAUCGGUAGGGUCGGUUCUUCCGCCCCCUCUGAACAACAUUCAUCAUCAUAGUCAGUUAGCGCAUCAUAACAAUCUGUCCCAUUUCCAUCACGCCCAUCACACGCCGUACCAUCAUCAUGCGGGUGUUUCGAUUAGUCCAUCGCAUGCGUCAAGCAGUGUUCAGUGUUGCACGAUCGGUAGUAAUAGUGCAGUGGGCAGUACUGGCGGUGGUGGUGCAGGUGGAGCAGCAGGGAGUGGUGUUUCCACUGGUCACGGGCCACCCCACCAGUACUCGAAUACUCACGCCAACUAUGGGGCUUCCAGCGGUAUUCAUUUGUCUAGCAUGAUGCCAACGCCACCCAACUACAGCACCACCAUGUCGAUGUACCCGAACGGUCGACCUUCGGUUAUCACAAGCCGGAUUCUCGAGAGCUCGGUGGACAACACACCCCCUAGUCAACUGCCGCCGCCGAUGGAGCUGCCACCGGAAAGUAGCUCGUUCCGCAGUCCACCAAACUAUGCUCAAGCAGCCCACCGGCGGAUAACUGGCAACAGUACGGUUAUUUCAUCGUAUCCACAAUCGCAUCAAAACUUUGGCUCUUCAUCCCGCAUCAUUUCCGCCGUUGGAAUCUCGCCCAUAGCUUCAAAUUUCGUUCCGGCCGGGGUGAAUGCUAUCUCUCCCAUGUACACUGGAUCAAAUCCCGGUUCGGGAGGUUCUCCGGCAAACGUUGGAGGGCCGAAUGUACCGGGAAGCAACAGCAACAACUCGACGGUAGUCAGCAGUAAUCUUCCACCUGCCAUUCCUGCCCGUAUGCAUGAGUCGACCGGAAUGGCCCCCCACAGCAUCGAGUCGAUUCAACCUCCGCCGCCGUUGCCGCCCCCAAGUAUAGACCUUACAGCCGAAAGCAGUUCGGUGACGGUCCUCAACAACACCGCUCCUGUUCUUCUUGUGGAGUCUUCCGUGGAUGACGACGACGACUGCGAGUCAGUUGAAUGUGACGUCACCGAAACGCUGUCCACCGACGUUUAGACGAAAGUCAAAACUCAAAAAAAAAAAAAUCCAAAAAAGAAACAAAAUGAUCCAAAAAUGUUCUCCAACACCCAACCAAUGCAGCGAAUACUGAUUUCAAAAUAUUCCGUAAAAUAUUAUGAUGUUGAUGUUAAAACACGGUGUUGAUGUGUGGUAUCGCAAGUUUUACUCCACUCAUUCCAAUAAAAUUACAGCGAAAUGGUCUCCUAAAACAGUUCCAUGUCGAGCUUCAGAGGGUAUUGAUGUUGUUGUUCUUUUCGAGUCACAAUAUGAGUGUCAACGUUUUAUCAAAAAUAUUAAACCAAAAUUAAUAUAACUCGAUGGUGUGAAGUUUGGAACUUCCUUGCAUUGAUCAUAUCCUCGAUUUAACAAAGUUAAUGAGCUCCUUCGAUAAGAAGCUUUUGGGUGUAAUCCUAGAUCUCUUAAAAUAAGCUCAUGCUUUUCAUUGAUGCAAAUGAUUCUGUGUUAGGGUCGCUUAUGAACUUUUAAUUGCAAUUCGUCGUUCCAUGGCACACAUCUACAAAAAUAUUGUACCCACUCGUGUGUUUUCGGUAUUUUCAAAUGUCUUACUCAAUUUCAAUGCUUGGAAGUACACAAAUUCAUAGAUACGAAGGUUAAAAAAUGUUAUCAAUACACUGAUAGCGAAUCAAUUCUCAAAUAGGAUGCAGACGAUGAUUUUUUAACUCUCCAACGCAAUGGAUUUCAAAUCUAGACAACUGAUAGCUGUGUAAGUUUUAUACCCCCGUGCCCAAAGUUAUAUUCCAAGACUGACCGUUUUAAGACAUUGAACCCACAACAUAUUUUCUCAGUGAUGUAUGUUUUUGUUUGAUUUUGAUUUGAUUUUUGACCCAUGAUCUUUACAUAGAGAUUUCGAAAAAGCUUUUCUUAUAUUGCAUCCCAAAAUUCUUUUUGAUCAAAGUUUUCUUUGAACUUUUCGAAAAAUGUUCUCCAAAUAAUGCAUAGUUUUUGUUGUCCUAUGAUCUCAAGACCGUAGAUCUUCAAACCAUAAAUAGGUCUUCGUACCGUGAGUGAUCUGGCCUUAAGUUUUUAACUCUGGUUUAAAGAGUUCAUAAAUUAAAGUUCGAAAAUCUUCAGGUCCGUUGACGUUCAAUGCUGUAGAUCAUCAGAAGAACCCCAGAUUUUAAACCAGCCUUAAUUAUAUCAUGAAAGCCCGGAAUUACAUGCACCAGUAUACAGUAGUUACUCACACCGAUUUCAAAUGUUUCUUAAAAUGAAAACUGUCGUAAAUUGUUUGUUAUCCUAACUUUUUGAAGCCUUUAGUACUCAAGUCGUUGGUGAUUUCACAGGUAUCCAAAUCGUAUGUUUUCACACCAAAGAUCUUCAGACACUUAGGCCUCUAAUCCGUUAGAGGUUAAACUUUGAAUCUUUAGGCUUUGGAUCUUCAGACGUCGUUGAAUCGGCAAACCUUCAUGGCUUGGACCUUUAGGUUUCGAAUCUCAGGAUCGUAAGGCUGUAGGUCAUCAAAUCUUGAAUCACCAGUUCUUGAAUCUUCAGGCAUUGUAUUGUCAAUGCAAUUGAAAUUCGAAGUUUUCGCGCUGGCAACCUUGCCAACCAAUGACGAUGAAAAGUUCAGUAUCAAUUCAACAAACACCUCAGCGAUCGACCCCUUUCUUCUGUUUGGUUCCAACUCUUGGAAAAUGUUUGAUAGAUGUUUGGUUAACAUGAAAUGUCACCGGCAAGGAUGUUGACGCAAAUUCUGGUUUGGGGAUUCUGCGACAGUAUCACAGGUCAUGAAUUUUAGAAUCUUUAAUCUUAAUGUCGUAGGUCAUUAGGCAUGAAUGUCAGCACGUAGAUCGUCAGGCAGGGGCGGUCCUAGAGCUGGGUCUUGGGGGGGGUGAUUUUCCAAAUUUUCAAAAAUCAGUCAAUAACGUAAAUACAUACCGUCAAACGGGGCAUCAUGCAACAGCGGGGUUCGAUGCAACAUUUAUAUAACACUACAUUGAAUCAUUUUUAAUUUAAUGUAUUGUAAUAAAGUUAUCUUUUGAUGAUAACAAAAUGAUGAUGACAUAAUUUUUCGCAUUUUAAGCUAGUUGUCUUAAGUUUUUUAUUUUUAUGUAAAAUUUGAAAAAUCGAGCAAUAAAUGUACAAAUUUUAACAUUUUUUUAUGCCGAAAAAAACUUUACCCAGUAUGACGGAUCGGCUUGAUAAAAUUACCUACAAACUUUUUACAGGUUUCCUCAUGGUAUACCAACAUUGUUUGGGUAGAAAUACUUUUCGAACAAUCACCCAAUUUUUUUAAAUGAAUAUUUUUAAAAUUCAGUUAGGUGUCUGGGGUUAAAUGCAACAAAAUACAAAUCAAAUAAAUACCUUGUAAAUCUCGUUUCCAUGUGCUGGAAUAUGAAUGUUUUGCAUCACGCGUUUGUAAACAUUUAAAUUUCAUUCAUCCAAACAUUUAUUUUUAUGAUUUCAGCUUGUAGAAUUUUUCUUAGCAUUAUUUAACCCCUAAAUGUAUGCAGCAUCCUUAUUUUCAGAAAAAAUGUGAAAAUUUGUUUUUACAGACCCAAAAACUACUGCAAUUGGUGUUGUCAUGCGUAAUGGUCUUUAAGGCAUCGCAAAUAUAUUAAAAACUAUGAAUUUUCGUACGUGUUCAUAAGAUUUUUAAUUGAAAACAAAGUUUGUUGCAAGUUACCCCAUUUUCUAAGGAGUGUGAAAAUCGCAUGUUUUUAGAAAAUUAAAAAUAACUGAGGAAACCAAUAUUUUUUUAACUACGCCAAUUUGAUGCCCCAGCAUCCUUAAAACUUUUGAUGCAUAAAGGAUACGAUUAACUGUGAACAUAAGUUUUUUAGAAGCUAUUGAAGUUGAAAAUUGUUGCAUGUUUCCCCAGUUGACGGUAUAUUGCGAAAAAAAACGUUCAUUUGGAGAGUGCGAGUGCGUAAAAGGG